ACAGAAGGAUACACUCAAGACAACCUCCAUCCCACCACUCCCACUCCUUCAGACUCCUACACAGCUCCUUCUGAACUCCAAAUCCUUAUUAAAUAAGCUCUCAAAAACACUUGAAAUCAUCAAAAAAUACGACAGAAUCGCCUCUUCAUAGGGUCGCUCAUAAUCCUGACAGUGCUUCUAAUAUAUUAUGCAGAGAAUGAGUGGGCGCUCACGCAGGGCAUGAGCAAUUUUGUGAGGACUGUUAUUGUGAUUUUGUCGUUAUAGUGAUUGUUAUGUUUAUCAUUUUUAAUGCUUGGAUUUCGUAUCGCUUCUAUAAACAGCAAAGGCGUAAUGCAAAAUCCUGGAAACUCUUGGUAAUCACUCGGCUCUCCUUCCACAUUAUCGUAAACCUCGUCGUCAAACUCCCAGGAAUCCACUUCACCAAACCCUCAGUCACCCCUAUGUCCAAAAGCCUGUACACCUUCGACACAAUCAUAAUCUUCUGCUCCUUCCUCCGCAUGAUUUACUGCCUAAACCUCUUCCAAAACUACGACCAACAAGUCAAAGAGUACCAUAUCUUCAACGUCGACGUCUACCUCGGCAAGCGUGAAUUCCUCAAAAGUAUCCAGUACAGGUACAGAUCGCACAACAAGUUAUUCAUACUGUGCGUCCUACUGAUCCCCUUCUUCUUCCUGUCACUGCUGGUCAAGAUAGUAGAGCAGAGCUCUGACUCUGAAGACCAGAGCUUUAAUAGUGUUUAUAACAGCUAUUGGGUGAUCAUACUUUCUAUGACGACUGUAGGAUACGGAGAUGUGUAUCCAGUUACUCAGACAGGCAGGUUCUUUUGCUUGGUCGCCCUCGUGACAGGAAACAUCGGUCUGACGCUCCUCACAAUGUCAUUCCUCAACUCGCUCAAAAUGAAACAAGGCCAGAAAUAACGAGUGAGCAGCCCCUGAAAUGUACUUCAAGAUGAGGAAUAGACAGAAGGUGCUCAAGCCACAAGCUGAAGCUCUGGUUGCUAAGUACCUCUGCCAGACUGCUCUAGUGAGAAAACGUAGAGAGAGGAACCAGGUCUAUGAACAAAAGUUCCGACAAGGCAAUGUAUGGAACCUUAAGAGAAACUUGAAGUUAGAAAGAGAAGGACAUUUUAAAGGACUCUAUUUGUUGGAGCCAGGGAGGAGAGGUCUUGUGCCUAUGAUAAAUCAAAGUUCAGAGCGGAAUUUAAAGGCAGAAAACGAAGAUACUCUUCAUAAUGAUCCUCCAAAUUCUUUGACUAAGGAUAAUCAAGAAGAGCAAUAUAGCCGAGGAUGAGAAUUCUGUGCUGCUAUUGAUAUCAUUGAUGCUUUCCCUAACUUCAAAAGAAGCAGACUCAGAAUCAUUGGAAAGGAGCAAACACAAGAACCAGAAGAGACUCUAAAAAUAACAAAGAAGCCCCAAAAUAUUAAGACAGUGCCAAGCCAGGAGGAGUUCAUGGGUGGAUUUAAAAGGCGCCAGUCCACAGAAUCUAAAGAGGUGUCCAAAUUUGAACUGAUCAACCGCAAUGACAAGCCCUCUGACUAGUC